UGCUGCAGCCUGCAGAUAGAAUUUCCCCUAUCCUUAUCCGUCGCCUCCUCGUCUCCCCUUCUCUAUCUGCUUCUCAAAACACUUCACUGUUCCAACCUCGAAGACCAGCGUCAAUGGCAUCCCAAGAUCACCACCACCAUCAUCACCACGACGAUCACGAUCACGAUCACGAUCAUGAUCAUCACCACCAUCAACAUCAUGACCAUGACCACUCUCACGGUCAGGGUGACUCAUCUGCAACGUCGUGGGUGGGGAAAGACGGGAGGGUGUACCAUAGCCACGAUGGACUCGCGCCACACUCGCAUGAACCCAUCUACUCCCCUGGAUACUUCAGCAGAAGAGCUCCGCCUCUCUCCAGGAACUUCAAUGAACGAGCCUUCACUAUUGGCAUUGGUGGACCUGUUGGGACUGGAAAAACGGCCCUAAUGCUGGCUUUAUGUCGAUCCUUGAGGGACAAGUACAGUCUUGCUGCAGUGACGAAUGAUAUAUUUACAAAGGAGGAUGGUGAAUUCUUGGUGAAGAAUGGUGCACUUCCCGAGGAAAGGAUACGUGCUGUGGAAACUGGUGGCUGUCCACAUGCUGCCAUUCGUGAGGACAUCAGCAUAAAUCUUGGCCCUCUCGAGGAGCUCUCUAACCUGUACAAAGCAGAUAUACUUCUCUGUGAAUCUGGGGGAGAUAAUUUGGCUGCCAACUUCAGCAGGGAACUAGCUGACUAUAUCAUCUAUAUUAUUGACGUAUCUGGUGGUGAUAAGAUACCUCGAAAAGGAGGCCCAGGGAUUACGCAAGCUGAUCUUCUUGUGAUAAACAAGACUGACCUUGCACCAGCAGUCGGAGCUGAUCUGGCAGUGAUGGAGCGGGAUGCACUACGGAUGAGGGAUGGGGGGCCAUUUGUUUUUGCUCAGGUGAAACAUGGGGUUGGAGUGGAAGAAAUUGUCAACCACAUUUUGAAGUCCUGGGAAGCCGCAACAGGAAAUAAGCGACACUAAGCUGGCCUAGCAGCUGCCUCUGUGCAGCUGCAUUUAGCAAUUAGGAAGAUGGUAUUAGUUGAGCCGCGCAGAGCUGGUCCAGUCCAGUAGAAGAGUAGAUUAUUUUGAAGUGUGGGUGGUUUAUGAACAUUUUUGUCUGUCUUUUGAAUUGGCACUAGAAUGCAUCCAUUGUGACCUGAAGAAUCUGCGAGAUUCCUUCAGCAUGUAUCUGUAUUUGAAUCUGAUGUUAAAACCUAUUUUUAUUUCAGUGGUGGAUUCUCUCUUCUUGCC